UAGACUCAUUUAUUCUAGUUUUAUAUCUGAGCCUGAAGCGCGGCCACGACGCGGCCCGCACGUCAGCCUGGGCGGCCACGCGCCACACCGUGAACGCGCAGGACCCGUCCCUACAGCCGCGCGCAGCAGCAGCAGCAGCAUCAUCAUCAUCAUCAUCAUCACCAUCGUGCCGUGGAGCCGCGAGCGUGGACCCGAGAGAGAGAGAGGGAGUGAGAGAAAGAGAGAGAGAAGAUGGACGGAGUGGGAUCGUUCGGAGCGGGACGGGUCGGAACCACCGUGGACCCGAUCACCUUCGCCAAGCAGCCGCAGACCAUCCUCAGAGUGCUGUCCUGGAUCUUCUCGCUGGUGGUGUUCGCCUCCAUCGUGAACGAGGGCUACGUGAACCUGGGCAGCGAGCGCCUCCACUGCGUCUUCAACCAGAACUCAGACGCCUGUAACUACGGGGUGUUUGUGGGCCUGGUGGGGCUGCUCGCCUGCUCCUUCUUCUUCCUGCUCGACUACAAGUUCUCCUCCAUCAGUUCGGUCAAAGACAGGAAGAAGGCCGUGAUGCUGGAGAUCGGCUUCUCAGGUUUCUGGACCUUCCUCUACUUUGUGAGUUUCUGCUUCCUGGCCAAUCAGUGGUCCAGAACCACCACAGAGGAACUGCCGCUCAACCAGGGGGCAGACGCCGCCCGGGCCGCCAUCGCCUUCUCCUUCUUCUCCAUCAUCACCUGGGCCGGGUUAACGGUUCGUGCCGUCCAGAAGUAUCUGCUCGGUACAGACAUGACUCUGUUCACCACUGAGCACAUGGACGGAGGAGCCCCCACCCAGCCGUACCCCUCCAACUCACCUGGAGCCGGACCCACCGACACCACAGACACCUACCAGAGCCCCCCGUUCACCGAGAGCAACGCAGCGCCCACGUACCAGGUCCCCAUCUACUAGAGCCCCCGGAGCCGAGGGCGGGAGCAGAUGUUCCAGAUGUUCAUGUGUCGACCCGGGUUUAGACGCGGCCUCUGCUUCCCCGUUUCCUCCUCUGGUUCCCGCUGCCUCACCUCGUCCCGGGAGCACAGACCUGAGAACGCAGAGGAGGAAGAGCGGAGGCGGAGGCUCUCACGUACAGUACAGCACCUCGUCUUCUUGGUUUCAUUCAAACACGGAGGUGAACGCUCACCUGCAUGUUCCACGCUAGAGAUGGAUAAGUGCCAUACUGUGUUCAGACAGUGACUUCAUUUCCUCAUGCUGUAAAGAUGUUCCGUGACCAAGUGCAAUAUGUCACAUUCUUCUAGGUUUCAGCUGUACUGUAGGUCGACCACACACCGUCUCACAUCACACACCAGACUGUCGAGGUGUGGACCGCCCAUCUGCUCCAGGUACGGGAUCAGAGAAGGUCCAGGUGUGUGGUUUGAGACGGUGUCCUCUCAUCCAGAUGUUCUGGAUCCAUUCGGUUUGUGUUUACGUUUUCUGAAGCUGCCAAACUGCCCUGUGUUCUUACUGCUGAUCACCUCCUCACGCGAGAGAGGCUACUGACCGCUAGCUGGCUAACGCGUUGAGGGGAGGGGGUUAUGAUUAGUUGCCAUGGUGACGGGGUUGGGUGGAUGUGGGUCACCUGAUGUAGAUAGUUGCCAUGCCGACCAUGUCAGUGUGUAGCGGUGUCUCCGUGUUGUAGUUCGGUGUGAACGGGUGAGUGUGUGUCCAGUUUUCGUGCCGCAUUCAAGUUUAGAGGCAGAGGAGGAAAUCACAACUUCCCCCACAUGAAGUAUUCUCUCAGAUAAAUGUGUAAGGAAAUCUUAAAAGUAUGAAGUGUUUUCUAAACCAAAUCUUUGCCUGCUGAUCAGACUUACCCCGACGAUAAUGCAUGAAUUGUUAUAUAUUUAAGAGAAUAAGAGUUUAUAAAUGUGGCGGCUCUUUGUUUCCUGGGACAGAGUUUUAUUGAAGACGUUUCACCAGAGUAGAAGGUCUGAGCUGUAGCUCCACUCCUACAACAAAACCCCAGAAAUGUUACAUCACAGCAGCAGUUAACAGCUGUGACUGGUCUGAAAUCACUUCCUCCCACAAACCAUCAGACGUCGUCUCUCUGCAGUGAUUCCGUGUUUAUUACCUUCAACACAGCUGAACAGUCGCCCCCUAGAGGUUUAGUGGUGUAAUGACUCCACAUAGACCAGCUACAGGAGGAUAAACAGUCCCAACUCUAACUGUGACAGUCGCCAUCUGCAUUAGUGUCUCCAUCAGUGAAACGUAUCUCAUGUGACUCUAAAGGAACUAGUGGUUAGAGAAGCAGCUUUGGGACCAUGAGGUCUCAGGUUUGAUUCCCUCUCAUGGAUGGUCAUCGACCACACGUUUGCUUUACUACUUGGUAGUUUGGGCUUCAAGAAGUAGAUUAUUAUUAUUGUUAGGGUUAUUAUUAUUAUUAUUAUUGGCCUGUGCUCAGUAGAAACAGUAGUUUAGACGAUCAUGACUCUGCACACUUGGAAUGCAUCAUGGGAUACCUGGCUGUACCAAGUCUACACAGGAAGAAGAAGAAGGAGAAGAAGAAGAAGACAGAACCUUCGGACUUGCCUAUUCGGUAGUUCAGACCAUAGACUCUAAAUAAAUAUGGAACAGCUCUUCCACAGUGAAGUCACAGCUAGUAGAGCUCCCCCUGGUGGCUGGAGGCUGCAGUAUAGGUCAUAAGCUCCACCCCCUACAUGUGGGCAGGGCAAAACUGUAAAAGACACAUCAAAUAAUUUAUUAUAUUUAUAUUAUAUUAAAUAAGACUCUGGAGGAUGCACAAAUGCAUUCUGGGAUACCUGGCUAACCACAGCUACAUUCAGCUCUAAAUGAUGCUGGAGAUUUUAGGUUUUUACCAGGAACUUCUGUGGGUGGAGUCCACCUGAAGGUCACAUGACUGGAGUCUGUUAACGAGCUGAUUCUCAUUAACAGACAGAUGAACCUGGUUCUCGUCUCCCUCCUCGUUCAGUGGUUCUCUGCAGACUCCAGGUCCAUCGUGGCGUCUCAGUCCAUCUCCUCCGUCUCUGAAGAAACGUCUUCAACAAACCUCAGUGUGUCCAGAGUUUCAGAUGAAACGUCACUGACUUCUGUCACAUUAAAAGCUCUGAUCAAAUUAAUCAAAUUAAGGCAAAUAAAAGGUUUUACUUGUUUCUCCAGAAAUAUUUAAGUGAUGGACGUGUGUUUAUUUCUUUACAUUUAAUUCUGCAGAACCGUCAGUUUGUGGUUAAAUAUUAGUUUGAACCUGAAGGAGGUGCAGAGGGUGGGACGCGUCUAUUUCCUGGAGUUAAAGGACUACAUCGAUUACGUCCCGCUACUGAUCAGCCAUAACAUAAUGACCCCUUGGUUCUCUGGAGUUAAUGUUAAAAGAAAGAUAAAUGUUCCAGUGGAAGGAUUUUACUCUGUCAUCUCUGUGGUCUGCAGUGGACCAGAACCAGAGUCUGAACACUCGGACUAGUCACUGAUUAAAGCUCAGACCUGGAGGAAGGUGGUUCUGAUCGGAUGGAUCCUUAUUGUUGCCAUGGAGCAGUUCUUCCAGGCCCUGGAGCUGGGUUUCCAGAACAUCAUUAAUGAGCUCAUCAGUGUGGGUGGUUGUAAUGUUGUGGCUGAUCAGGACAUGCGGACGGUGGGCGUGGUCCUUUAAGUCCUCGGUGUGAAGCCAGUGUUGGGUUCUGUCGGUUCUUCUUGUUCUCAGUGCUUGAGUCAGUGUUCUAGAUGAAAUAAUAACGCUGUGUGUCUCGUGCUCCGGCCCACGUUCACCACCGUGGUAUUGAUCGAUUGUUAUUGAAGUGUGAUGCUGUCUGGGCUCCGGUUUGUCCUGUACUACUGAAAAGAAUAAAAAAUACCAGUGAUGACUAAAGUAGAGUGCACUCUUUGUCCUGUGGUUCUGAAAGGAGCCGGACGCGAUCAGGUCAUAAACGCUGAGGUUCAAUAAACUGCAUGAAUCUAAUGUAAACUGAGUUGUUUGUGUCUCUGUCCAGGACCUGAAUGUUUCUGAAAUCUCUCUAAUAAAGACGAGAUCAUGUUUUA